AUGGUUCGUGCUUCGGCCCAUGCCCGAUGCCCGAGCCUAUGCCCGAGCCUUGCUGAUUGUGCGCGCGUCUACUCACACAGUGACGCGAAACGACCGUGCUCGACCUGUACUCGCUCGCAUUCAUAUGCCGUUGCCCAUGCGCCGCCAGGCGCAGAUCUGCCUCCACACCCAGAGUGUACAUUCGAUGACUCCUCCGAACCUGGCACCUCUGAGACCCCGGACUCGCCAAAGAACAGGUUUGAACAGCUAGAAAGCAGAAUCAAUGAACUUGAAGCAUUGCUUCAAGAGAAGGAUGUCAGGGAUGACUCGCGCUCACGCUCUGCCUCCGCGAACGGUUUCUCGGGGUCGACUGGGCUUGUCAUGGGCUACUCCGACGACAUGAGCCUCGCGCACGGCUCUUUCGGUCUAGGCACCACCCCGGAUAUGUCUCACUUCUCGUCCGGUCCUACGCUGGAUGAUCUUGCUGGCGUCGCUACCCUUGUUGGCGAUCACUCGAAUGGCUACCGUAACUCAAAUAGCACCCCGUUUAUUGACUUCACGCAUACCCAUUCGGACUCGCCGCAAUCAGACUUCGGUAUGGAGCUGAUGAGCCCUGGAUGGCCAAGAAAUCUGCCGCCCUAUCCUUUCCUCCGUCAUUUGGCAGAAGCAUUCUUCACGUUCACGCCUGGGGCAUCUCGGAUGUUCCAUGCGCCGACCUUCAUGGCCUCCCUUGCGCUACACGCUACACAUCCCAAGUUCCCGCUGCCGGCAAUCCUACACGCUAUAUGUGCUAUGGGGAGCAUGUAUACCGCGGCUGUGGAGCCGACGCCAUCUCCUCCUUUACCAUCGUAUUGCGAAAGUGAGUAUGGAGGUCCUUCAAUAAAGAGCCCCUUGGCAAAUUCGUUUGCGGAGCUGCAAAUCAAAGCAGCUGUGGAUGCUAUAGAGCACGCCCUCAGGACAACUUCCGACCUAUUUGGAUCAUUCCAAGCCCAAGUGAUUAUCUCCCUCUGGUAUUGGUAUAAUGCAAGAUGGUCCGAGGCCUGUGUUGCAUUCGCAGUGUCCCUACGAUAUGCCGUGCCGUGUGGGCUCAACGCAUGUCCGCCGUUCGAUAGCAUCUCGAGCUCGAACAUGACCAGCUCCUCCAUUAUCCCUGCGGCACCGAAUGUUAUGGAGGACGAGACACGACGCAAUACAUUCUGGAUUGCUUACAUGAUGGAGCGACAUUUCGGCGCGCUCAACAACUUCGCCAUGAUGCUCGACGACGAAGACAUCUCACAAAUGCUUCCCGUUCACGGCGAUCAGUUUGAGCAAGGGAACUUAGUCCCCCCCAACCGGCGGCAGUGGUCGCACGAUCCAGACGUUAUCGAGACGCACUUGGAACAACAAACCGACUCUUUCAUUCUGCAUGUGAAGGCCACAUUAUUGCUCUCCAAAGUGAAGGUCUUCAACGGCCGGUACAAAGUCAGGAGGCACUUGGGCGACCCCGCGAUGCAACCGGAUCCUGCGGGCAUCCCAGGCAUGCCCGGCAACGACCUCAUUCAGAGCACCCCUGCAUUUAUGGAAAUCGAUCGCCUCCUCGUGGCGUUCACGCAAUCGCUCCCGUCGCAGCUCAGGGACCCGUUAUCUAGCGGCGUCAUCGACGUGAACCUGUUCACAGCCCUGUCGACGAUACACUUCGCUACGAUCAUCUUGCACGAGGGCCAUGCGAAUAUUGGACGAGCGGCAUGUAUCUCGUCGUGCAAAGUCCUGGCCGCAGCGCGUGGCAUCCUCAACCUGUUGUAUGAUGCGUAUUCGACCAGUCACAAUCUCGCCUUACUGGGAGUGUUCCCCACGGUCUGCUGGUUUGCGGCAGGAAGGGUGCUGGUGCGGUUCCUGAGGGCUGCUAUUGACGCACACAGCGAUGAGCACAUCGAAACCAUUCGUUCCGAGGUCAACUUCUUCCGCUCUGUCAUAAAUGGGGUCGGGGAGAGCGUUCCUCAUGCCCAUCACUACGGGAGGCUGUUGAACGAUUACCUGGCUCAGACGUGCGGAAAGCAAUACGCAACCCCCCUCGCAGCACCCACUCUUCCUCGGCGUAAUCCCAAUACGCACCAGGCGAGCGACCUAUCCCACACAUUUGAUUUUGGACUCUCUGCUACAGCGACCGUCAUGGCAGACGGCGGGUUCCUUUCGUAG